CGGUGGGCCCUCGUAGUAUGCCAAACGACGCAGUUUGAAAAAGUCGACCUGGUCUCUUGUUCCUCUUAAACCCUGAGAUUGGUGGGUUAAAAACCCUAGCCUCCCCUUUCCCUCUUUCGUCUACUCUCUUCGUUUGAGAUCAACAACAAUGACAGAAGUAGUGAACCCUAAGGCGUAUCCUCUUGCUGAUGCGCAGCUCUCCAUAACAAUUUUGGAUCUUGUUCAACAAGCCGCUAACUACAAGCAGCUCAAAAAGGGCGCUAAUGAAGCCACUAAAACCCUGAACAGGGGUAUCUCUGAGUUUGUGGUAAUGGCUGCCGAUACUGAGCCACUUGAGAUUCUUCUCCAUCUUCCCUUACUCGCCGAGGAUAAGAAUGUACCCUAUGUAUUUGUUCCUUCAAAGCAAGCACUUGGCCGUGCAUGCGGCGUCACAAGACCUGUUAUUGCCUGUUCUGUGACCUCUAAUGAGGGUAGCCAAUUGAAACCCCAAAUACAACAGCUCAAGGAAGCCAUUGAGAGACUCUUGAUCUAGACUUGUGUAUUGGUGAUCGGUGUGACGGGCCUCUUGGAUUGUGAUUGUUGCUCCUUUGGAGAGGCUUUGACUGACGAAGUUGUGCUCAAGAAGAGAACAUGAAUUGUUGACUGCUAUUAAUAUUUUCCUCUUAUGUACUAUUGGAACAAUACUUGACAAGCGUUGGACGAAGUAUGCUAUAAUUUUCAAGUUAAAGCUUGUUUGAAACUUUGAUACGAUUCAGUACUUUUUUGGUUGGAGUGAAUAUAGGUUUUUUUCCCCUGAGCA